AUGGCCGACGGCGACAUUCCCUCGUUCCCACCGGCACCACCGCUGCCGUUCAUCGCGCGCUUCUAUGGAACGGAAGAAGCAAAAGAUCUCGAGGGUCGCACUCUUUCGCAGAUUUUGAGAUUCGACGAUGAAAAGCUCGAGCGUUCGCACGACUACAUACAAAAUUUGUUCCCGCUUCCUGAACGCUCGCCCGUCAACCCCGAUGCACCUCUGCUCGACCAAGCAACUCGCUCCGCAUUCCUCUACAGUCCGGUGAGAAACCAUCUGCGCGCCCAACUACUCGAAGCUUUCAAGCGCAUGGCGGCGUUUUACGGCUUCACCCUCGACACCAACGAUACCACCGACAACCACGAUGCCGCCAAAACUGCCAUCUCGUACCGCUAUGCAAUCACGCCAAGCCUGAACUUCUUCGCCAACGCGCGCCAAACCUGGCUGACCAGAGGGGACCACAAUCAUCUUCGUAUCACACGCAUCAUCAGGUGUCUCCGCAUUCUUGGUCUGGAACCCGUGGCCCUGGCGUUUUAUCAGGCUCUCAUCGACAACUCCGGCGAUGUGGUCAGUGCUCGGAGCAAGAUGUACUGGCAGCGAGCGGCGGAGAGACCUUUGCACUUGCCACCCGCCGAGUCUGACGAGGACGCUACGGGGAUCGAGUGGCUCAACGGCGUGAGCUGAAGACCCGACAAAGAGUAUAGCGGGCAGCUGCAAGGGUCAUGGCGGCAUGGUGCUGUUACGGCCUCACCGGGGGCGUCGGGACAACGCAAUACUAACUCGCAUACCAGACUGUACUCGGCGACCAGGCGAGCGAGGCGGCCAUCACCGAGAAAGAAGCCAGUAGAUAGCUCGAGUGCUUUCUCUGGUCAGAGUACCACAGAACGUGGCUCGAUGGGCUAUGCGGAAGGCUGCCGGAGUUGGAAACCAAAGUUAACAGAGUCCGAGGCCUAUAGCAGGCGUUCUACUAUGUAGCCAUAUCACAAAGGCCUUCUCGGCAGGCGCAUCAUCCCUGCUCGCGCUUCCUCUCCGCCUCAAGCAAGUCGUCGACCACAUGGAAGAUUCCGGUCACGACUUUCAUCGUGCCUUCAUCGACCCC